UGUGUGAGAGACUGUGUGUGUGAGACUGUGUGUGUGAGACUGUGUGUGUAAGGGGGUCAGCGGCAGUCCGGUGCUUUAGCGAGGUAGCAGCUAGUCUGUGCUGUGCCAGCGGCGGCUAAAAAGAUGCACAGAGCUACGGUUGUGUACACUAUAGAGAUACCUACAAGCUAGUAUAUGUUUUGUCUUAGACCCGGUGAUAUAUUAUACGAAGACAACCGCUAGUAGAAAAUGGCCGGAAUAAUUAAAAAGCAAAUUCUGAAACAUUUGUCAAGGUUCACCAAGAACCUGUCCCCGGACAAGAUCAAUCUGAGUACGCUGAAGGGGGAGGGGCAGCUGUCCAACCUCGAGCUCGAUGAAGAGGUUCUGCAGAACAUGCUGGACCUGCCCACCUGGCUGGCUGUCACUCGGGUCUACUGCAACAAAGCCGCCAUCAGGAUACAAUGGACAAAGUUGAAAACAAGCCCCAUCUGCCUGUUCUUGGAUAAGGUAGAGGUAGAAAUGAGAACAUGUGAGGAGCCACGUCCACCUAAUGGCCCCUCUCCCAUAGCUAUUACAGCAGGCCAGAGCGAGUACGGCUUUGCAGAGAAAGUGGUAGAGGGCAUGUCUGUUCGGAUCAACUCCAUCACCAUCAAGGUGCAGGCUCGUGCCUUCCACGCCUCCUUCGAGCUCUGGCAGCUACAAGGCAACAGUCUCAACCCCAAAUGGCAGCGCAGUGACCUCCGCUACACCCGCGUCACCGACCCAAAGAGAGGAGAGGUGUUGACAUUCAAAGAAAUUAACUGGCAGAGUCUACGUAUCGAGGCGGAUGCCAUUGAGAGUGAUGACCAGGACCUCGGUAGCACCCCAUUACGUCUCAUCACCAACCAGGGUCGCAUUCGCAUCGCUUUAAAACGCAGAAUAAAGGACUGCAAUGUGCUGGCAUCUAAGCUGCUUUUCAUUCUGGAUGACCUGUUGUGGGUUCUGACGGACUCUCAGCUCAAGGCCAUCAUCCAUUACGCCAAAUCUCUCAGUGAGGCCAUGGAGAAGUCUGCCCAGCAGAGGAAGAGCAGGACUGCUGAAUCCCUACAGACUGCUCCUCCAUCGCCUGGCCUCCACAGCCUUUGGACAGAGCCCCCACCCGCUCCUACUGGCACCCCCAGCAACAUGAGUCAAUACUUUGAUCUCUAUGACGUAAAGGAGUCUUCUUAUCACACCUUCAUAUCCCGCUUGGACUUACACAUAUGCAAUGACAGUUCGUCAGUGGAUGAAGAUGAGCCUCCCCCACCGGGCUUGCAAGGUGCCAUGCAGCUGACGUUCAGGAAGCUGGGUUUUGACUACUAUCCUGUCCACAGACCUGCUGAUGGAUGUCGUCACUGGGAACGCCACAGUGGAGCCAUGGAGGCUCAGGCCCAGUGGGCUGGGAAACUGCUGCAGGAGUACCAGAGGAGAGCAGAGGCUUUUGGGUUCCCUGGGCCACAUACUGAGGUACCCCUGCAGAACAAGGACAUGCCUGCAAAGACAGUACAAGAUGGACAAUCUAGUCCCAAGUCGAGCCCCCCUGAAACAGAGCAGGCAUCCAACAGGAACUCUGUCAAAGGUCCUCCAGGGUCAUCACUGAAGAGGCUACGAUCUAGCUGUGUGGUGGUCAGGAUGGAUGACGUGGACAUUCACCAGGUGUCUACGAGAGGCCGUCAAAACAAGAAGACCCAGUCUUUAUUAUCCUGCAACCGUAAAGCUCUGCGUUUGCCAGACAAUGUACCAGCAGUUCAUCUGCAGUUUACUGAGUACUACUUUCCUGACAACCCCAGUUUAUCAGUGCCCACAUCAAAUCUGUAUGCCCAGCUGAAUGGCCUGCAGCUCUGUGUGGACCCAGCCAGCGUGCUGUGGAUCAAUCUGUUCUCCCGGGGUCUGCUGCACACCCUGGACCAGGUCAAAGCUUUCUACCAUUUGCAAGACAGCAACAAGGCUGAUGAGCAUGUAGACAUCCGCAUGGAUGCAGCUCAGCUCAAGCUGAUAAUCCCCUUGGAUUCUUCCAUAUUGGACCACCCAGAGCGCCCACAGUCCCUUUCUGUUACUGUACCACAGAUGGCACUCAGCAACACCCGCCACUGCCCUCAUGGCUCCAGAGCUGACCUCAAUAGCACCUAUGACAAGUUUGCCAGCUGCUCUUUCUUCCAGCCCACACCUCCCUGCCCCUAUCCCAGGGACCAGAGUGCCUUCCACCCCACCCCGUCCACCUUCAUCCAGCACUCUCAAGAAGCCGAGCCCCAACCUCUGGACAGAAAGCACUUACGAUCCCAGGAUGUCUGGUCUCUCAGUCUGUCUCGUGUGACCCUAGGUUUUGAUGGAGCUCGGCGAUUCCCCAAAGGCAGAACCCAACCUUUUGUUGAGCCUUUUGCCAUGUCUGUGUGGAUGUGUCAGCCCUCUGCCUUUAAAAAUGGCUCACCGUCUUCCAGUCCCGACAGAGCCAACCAGCCUUUCUCAGCGCAGGAAGACGCUUCACUUGCCUCUUUCCACUUCCUGGCCCACACCAUCACUCCAGUGAAGAUGUGGCUAAACCACUACCAGUAUGUUGCCCUGCUGAGAAUGAAGGAUGCCAUGGCUCGGUUGGGGGCAGAAUUGGGACGUGAUCUACGAGAUGUUAAGCAGGCUCACGGCCAGAAGACAAAACCUUCUACAGUUUGUCUUGCCCUCCUGGUGGACUCUACAGAAUUGGGUCUCCUGUUGCCGCCAGUCUGCUCAGAGCCUGAGGAAGAGGUCCCCCACACCCCAGAGUCAGACAGCCCCAGCAUAACAGACUCUGACAUCUCUCCCACUCAUCACUCCACAGAUGUGAUCCAUGAGGACAAUGGGUUAGAAAAUGGCAUCUCCUCCGUCAAUACUGCGUUUGCUCAGGAUGAACAAGAUGGCGUGGUGGAGGAGGCAUGUGAGGCUGUGGAGGAGGUGCCGGAUGGUUUAACGGCACAGGAGGACACCCCCGUUCUCUCACCUCAACUCUCACCUGGACACUCCCCGGUCCUCUCCCGGGAACCAUCCACCUUUAGCCUGGAGGGAGAGCUGUCAAGCGCCAUUAAUGUCACCAAGGAUGUGACCAAAGAUGCCUUUAGUGCCUCGCUGGACCUGACCAAAGGGGCGUUUUCUAUUACGAAAGACGCCUUUAGCAUGCUGAGUCGUGGCUCAGGGAUGAGCAAAUUGUUCAGUCCGCAGGCAAAGGAACUGGUCCAGCGUUCAGAGGAAUCUCUGGCUGCCAGCCUGCGCCACCAAUCCAUGAAGCAGUCGCCUUCCCAGCAUUCUUUUGAUAGUGCUAUCCUGGAUGGCAGCCUGCCCGAUGAGAAUCUUUCUGUGGAUAGUGAUAUCAGCGACAAUUUUGUUGUUCUCAUGGACUCAGAGUCAGGUAUGGAGUCCAUGCGUCCCAACAACACUCCCGCCGGCAGUCGAGGCAGCCCGGCUCCGGGGACAGAGGGAGGUUCAUCAGCUGACCUCAGCAGUUCUCUGUCCCAAAGUACUGAGGACGUAUCUCAGGAUAUGUCCUCAGUGUUGUUGCUGAUCCUGAGUGGAACAGCCUGUACCAUGGAAGUAAAGGGAGAAGACCAAGUUGUGGCUGUAGAAACCCAGAAUCUGAGCCCUGUGCAGAUGGGCAAUAUCAGGGUAUCAGACCUGAUGGCUGGCCUCAUACAAGCUCCAGGUGGACCAGUCCAGAAGCAGGGUAGCAGGAGCUCUCCAGCAGUGUGCAUGCGAGCGGAAAUGGGUCCAGCUGCAGGCCGACACGCUUCCCUUGCCGAGUCUUUGGGCUUCGUGGAUAUGAGAGUGCAAGACUUCAAGGCAGAGCUGUUAGCCUCCACAGUGGCUAACAUCGGUCCAUUCCUGGAAGAUGAAUUCAGUGUUGAUGGUCAGCCAAUGAAGUUACACAUGAGCAACAUCACCAUCACUGUCAAGGAUGAUAGCCCUAAAAUCUACCCUACAGCCCCUCAAUCUGUCCCAGCUUCAUUCAUUGUAGAUCAGCUGCUCCUUGAGCGCAGUGAUGAUGGCUUAAUGAGGCUCAAAGCUGAAGGUACAGACCCUAAAGCCUCAGCAGGUGUUCCUGCGGUUGGCCUGGACGACCCAAACAGUUCCUGCUCUGUGGGACAGCAGAGUGAGAGCCAAACCCUGGAGUCGCAGCUCUCUGGUGUCCAGGCUGCUCUCAACCAGGCCCUCAGUGACAGAGAACGCCUCCUUCUGGAAGUCAAGAAGUAUGACCCCAUGUUUACUCUCUGAGCCUCCCUGUCUUUCACCUCUGAACCAACUGCGUCACUGCUCCUGCUCAGGAACAGUGAUGGGAUGUAUCAGUCUGAAUGUCAGGAACCAGCCAAACUCAUUCAGAGUACGUCUGGUCAUUGGACAUGGAUGAAAAUAUGAUGAAUCCAAGUUGUGGCUUAGGAUCACUUCCCACAUGCUAUAUCACACUCUACAUGAGAUUAUAAAAGAGCCCCUAUAACAAUUACCGAAAGGGGAAUCUAGGGAACUAAUAUACAGGUACACUAAUGGUACUAUUUUUUCUUUUUUUAAUCUGUCAGUCUAGUCUAGUCUGUUCCUCACUUCUGUACUAAACACAAAGUAUUCUGGUUAUUUAUCAUCCAAAUCAGUGUUGACAGUAAACUCAUUGUAUGGUUUCAGUGUUUGUCACACAGCAUGCAAGUGAAUAUCAUCGAGCUUUAAUUCUCUCCAGUUAAUUACAUGCCAAAACCUCCUCUUCGUGUGCACUGACACUGCCAGACAGCUGCUACUCUAUCAGGCGCUCCUACAAAACACAAAUCACUGUCUAGCAGUGCUAAUUUACAUAUAGCAUAGUCAUAAAGCUACAUAGACGUAGUAAUAUAGAUUACUUCUGUUAGGUGUGUGUGUUCAUUUUUAUUUAAAAGUAUUAUAUUGUCAGCUGUUACAAAUGUGUUGUAAAGGGUAGGAAAAACAUUGCACUUUUUUUUUUUAAGAAAGCAGAACAUUGCUUUCAUGGAGAGAUGGAUGCAUCUUAAUUUCCACCUUGGUUGCUUUAUCACCAGGGUGGAAUGGUUACACACUCUUAUCAAAUUCUCACCGUUCUCAGAAAGCGGGUUGAAUCAUUCCCCAGUGUUAUUUUUCUUUGUGUUGUGAAAUGUUGGUCUUGCUUCUUUUGUACUGUGAAACAAUGUGCUCUGUGGUUGAAUGUCCACUCAAGAUGACGCGCCUUUCGAUCGCUCCCUCAGCUGUGGAGAGCAGGUUGCACAGUAGCUUCAGUAUUGUAACUGGGUUAGUCUUUUCACUCCAACUCUCUGGUUUAAAGAGGUUUGGGAUUAUUCCAGCCACCAGAGUUAUAUUACUUGAUCUCCUUAAAACUAGUUUUUUAGCUUGCUAGGAAACAUCUCAGACUGCUAGUGUUAUUAUUACCUCUGUGCACAUUUAUCAUAUAUACAGUAGUGUAGUGUAGUGGUCAGACAUCAUAAACUUAAAGCUCAUUCAGGGUGUUGUUUUACUUGUGUAUAUUUAUUUAGAUUUGUCAAAGCAUGUGUUUUUGUUAGACCGGAGUUACUUUACAGUGUAUUAAAGCCAUAUCAAUCAAAGAAAAUGACAUUGGAAAAAAGUGUGGCGCACUUCUAAUGUAUGCGCACACAGUAUGUAAUAUUAAUGCUCAGUUUCAUUACAAAAACUGGUCAUUUUCAGUAAAUUUAAUCCUAAUGUGCUGCAGAUUUGAUCUAUCAGGCCAGUUGACAUUUAAAUUCCUGUUACUUUCCUUUUUCUAUGCAUAAAUCUGUUAUAUGCAUAGAUUUAAACAAUGAUGGUUUUGUUCAUCAAAGAGAAUUUAACAGUAUAACAACCUCUCUAUGAGCUACAUUUUAUGUACAAAUGUUCUAUUGUAACUGUUUAUCCUUUGGAGGUACUUUAUCUUAGUGGUUGCACAGCUGUUAGAAGAACUACCUUUCACAUCGUUCAUCACUGUCCCAUCGAGUGCUUGGGAGACCCCUGGUGGCUGUGACUUGCCAGAGCACUCCCCGUUCAAAAUAACAUGUUUCUUUUUUUUUUUUUUUACUUUGGUUACCUUGCAUACUAUGGAUGACAGAUUGCAUUCUUGAAGAGGAAUGUAAAAUAUUUAAGCAAUAGAAAGACAGCUUUAGUGUAACCAAAAACACGACAAAGAACAGUAACACUACACAUUUUGAUGUGGAAUCCUUCAUAUUUUUUAAGGUGACUAGUAUAAAAGAAAAAUGAUUUACCUGUUCACCAGGAUUGAAUGUUUUUCUCAUCUGCAUGUGUACACACCACAUUAUUACUGUAUCAGUGUAAUAAAGCAGAGAUACUGCCCUUUAACCUCAGUAUCACUUAUAGUUGUGAUCUUCUCAGCUUUUGAUGUUUAUGUUUUUUGCAUGGCCUUAGUAGACAAAGAUACAGUGGUACGAAGUUAAACUUCCCAUGCUGGAUGCAACAUGUAGCUGUAAAGUUUAUCCAGUUUCCCUCCCCUCAGUCAGUGUUAAGUAGCAUCCAUUUUCUGCUGACAAACUGGUGCUCAGAGUUCUGUCUGCUCAAAAACAUGCAAAAAGGAGGCGAUGGGUGGAGAGUGAAGCAGGACACAUCAGGAUGAGUGUUCGUUCUCCUUUUCAUAUGACUGACCUGGCAAAAUGUUUGCCACUGGAAAGCAGAUGCAUGUACUAAAGUGAUGUAUAGUUUUAUGCCUUGUGAAUUACUUGCACUUGUGUGAUAAAUUCACUGGAAAUUGCACUUGUUUUAAUGUAAAUCACUUCACGGGAUUGCAGAGGACCUUGUGAAAUCUUCCUAAGUGACGCAAAUGUUGGAGACCCUGUGAACAGUAUUUUUGUCAGUUGUGUAGUUACAUUGAAUUUUUUGUAUUGUCUUUAUCACGUCAUUGAGACUAAUAUGAAAACUGGUUCUGUGAACCAAAGCUAGUAUGUGGAAAGUAUUUUAAAAGUGAAAGAAUAAAUGAUUAAUUGCUGAACACAUAUCAGUUGUGCCUCUAAGUUUGAACAGAACAUGCAUGUUUACGUGUAACAAAUCUAUUCAUAAAGUCUACAGAAACAUGUA